UAACAUGAAUAAUAGUGCUUUGAACCCAAUAUUUUACCUACAAAUUGCUAGAGCAUUUCUCAUAUUUAAAGUGUUAUUGCAACGGCACUCGCAUUGGCCAAAAUCUUUCAUAUCAAGUCUCAUUUUGAUUGUUUACGCUUUGAAUCUGUGCAAGCAGCUUUUUUCAUUCUACCAACAGCCUACAGAACAUUGCGUGAUCUCGCAUUUUACUGCGAAAUCAAACGCAAUUGUCUCUUAGCCUAAAUCUGAAUCACAUGGUUUGAUGACCUGAUCCUUCUACGAGGAAGUUCUUAUUUUCUCGCCCAGCAUAUUGAAAGUGUCUUGUUUCGUCUUUCUUUCUGUUGGUUCUUCAUACCAAAACCCCUAAUUCUUGUUUGUAACAACAGAUGUAGAACUAGGCAUUUCCUGAAAUUUUACAAGCCUUGCUUACAUAGAAUUGUUUCUGACUUUUAUAAGAAGCCUAGCAAUUCCUUUCCGAACACACCAAAAGGAUUAAUAAAGCUAGUUGAAGAAAAUCAAUUCAUGAUUGUGUUAUUAGUAUUGUUGAAGGAACAAUCGAACACCAGAGUUUAGGGUUUUUCUUGCAUGUGCUGAAGCGCGAUAUAUUUUAUAGAGCAUUUAAUGGUUAUAAUGUGUUGGAUUUCACAAAUAGUGUUAUAGUAAACAUCUUUUUAAAGUUUAACAGAAGCUGCAAAAAGUCAGUCAUAAAUUCAGGCAUUUUCAAGGCGUGCUUUCAUCUGACACCUGUCUUUUUUUACGUUGUGAUGUGGAAAUCACUUUCAAUUGUUAUCUGUUAUUGUAGAAUUUUCGCUAAGUUGGUUAUAAAUAGCACUAUGAUUCAGUAGCAAUUUGAACUCAAUUACAUGCAAACUGAAAAAGAACACACUGGCAGCAUUUUGACAUUGUUGUUGUGAUCUUUCUGCCAAUUGAGAAUUUCGAUUUAAUACUUUUUGUAAUUUUUUUUUCAAGCUAACUUAUCUAAAUCAUUAUUCAGGGUAUAACACUUCAGAAUAAUUAUGAAAAAUUCUAAAGUAUAUCGAAAUAGGCCAGUCAGAAACGCGAGCACAGAAUACAAAGGUUACCCAAUCAGUGCCGCUUGCCUAUGAAAAUAUUACCAGUUGAGCGCAAGGGUGCAAAUGAGCUCCUCUCUAGUUCGACGGUACAGGUUUUACAUUUGAAAUUAAGUUCAAUUUUAUGUCGAAACUAAAAACUGCUAAUGGAAUGAUCACCGAUAUCUGCCAACUGCCGGAAACAUAUUGCCUUUCGGGUUUUCUAAUUGGUCUUUUUCGAUCGAUACCUGGGUAUAUGUAAUUCCUAGGUUAAGAUUUUCGAAAAUUAUUUUGACGAUUUGGAUAUUGUAGAUUUUUAGCAGAAAAAUUUAAGUGUGUUUUAUAAUUUUUUUUCAAAGCCAUUUUUAUUUAUUCCAGAUGCUCGUACCUCGUUUGCUUACUUUUAUGUUUGUGCCGAGGUACUUUCAGGUUCUCUGUUUGGCCUUGUUUUCUCUUCAAUUGUACAUAAUUCACCACCAUUGUAAAAUAGUAUGUGUGCAUAGCUUUCCAUUAUCAAAGUUAUAAUUAUAUUGCAAAGUGCUGAAAAGACAUGCUAUUAGUGACAAUCAAGCAAUUUAACCAAAUUGAUCUUAUAUUUUAUUAUAAUAAACAACAGUCAGCCAACAUCGCUAAAUUUUAGUCAUCUCUCACAUUUCUUGCAAUAAUCAGGUUCCGAUCUUUAAAACCCUCACUUCCACAAUUAAAUCCCACUCUCUUCCACAGACUCAAGCUUCAAGCUCAUUAGCGUGUUUUCAAUUGCAAAUCAUGCAAUUUGAAAAACAACUAAUCAUAAAGUAAAUAAAUGAAAUACAGAAUUUUUUUACAAUAACCUGAAGUUUGAUGCAUCGAAUGAGAUAUAAUACAAUAUAGUGCAAAUUCAGAAAUAAAAUGAAAUGUAUGAGGGGAAGUACUGUAAGAAGGAGCUGCCUAAAUUAAUAAACUGAUUGUUGAUGCUCCGAUUUUAAUGACUAUUAAAUAGUUAAUGUUAUUUAUCUCAAAACUGAAUUUCCAUAAAUUUGACUAGUUAAAUAGAAAUGAAUGCUCAUAAUUGCUUUUCAUAAAAGUAGGGUUAUAUCCAACUAAUAAAACUUAGAUAAAGCAAGCAAAGCCCUUAAAAAUCCCCUAAAUCCUCGAAACCCAGCUUCGAUCGAGUGAAAACAUUGUUGCCACGGCAAAGGUACUAGGGAGAACAAACUAUAUAUGUGAAUACUCCAACAAAAUCAUCCUGCUGGCUAAAAACCUUAUCAAUGAUCGAUUAAAGGUUUUAAAUGUCUGAUGAUAUUUCCAUCCAGUUUGUUCUCGACAUUUUGCUUUAGCAUGUUGAGUGUCACAGUAUGCAUAGCUUCAGAGGGCUGAAAUUUCAGGAGGUGGUAAAAUGGUAGAUGAAGAAUUUUUUCGUUAUGUAGCUAUGAUAGGGGAUGACAGACAGAAUUGGCAGAAAUUGGUGUCUUUGCAUAAACUAUAGAAGAUUUAUGUUUAUUUGUCGUCGGCUAGGCCUAUGACCGUUGCUUUGGUGCGAGUCUUCCACAAAUAAUCUUUAGCAGGGGAACGACCCGCUUCUUAGUCACACUUUGCUCGAAAAUUGAAAAUCAGAUCAUGGAUAUAGCAAGUGGUUUUAUUAGAAAGUGCUUUAACGAUACUUCAAGGCCAGAGUUUUUGCCGUCAUUUUUCUAUGACAGUGUUUGCAAGAAUGUUUUAUUUCUUUCGUUUUGAAUAGACAGCAGGACUUUGCUUAAAGAGCCAACAGCAAAAUCACCUGAUUGUUUCGCACUUUUUACAUGUAAUCUGCGGCGAUGUCAUCUUAUGUAUUUUUCAAGAUAUUCUCGUUAUGAAGAAUUAAAUGCAAAUUUGUGCUUUCUCACAUCGUUUUAGAGAUUUACAUUUUUAACAAAAACCUUUGCUGAGUUCUGAAAGUGUGUGGUAAAUAUUUCAUGAGGCCAGAGAACAUUAACUUGUUGUGAAGAAGAGCUGUCGAUGUUUCUUUUCGAAUUGACCUCUGGCUGGCAAGUUCUCUUUUUUAUUGUAUUUAUAUUAAAAAUCUUCAGGACCUAAAUGCAGAAUGAUUUGUAGCACGAGGUACUUCAACGGCACUUCAACUCUUGUUUCCCUGAACAAGAAUAGCAUUUGAAUAGGUGACGGGUGAUCUCAUGUCGACACACACCCGAUUAUUGUUAGGCUACUUCAACGGUUGAUGGAUUUGAUGGCCUCCUCGCCUUCAACUGAUAUUGCCGAUUAUAGCGACAAUUGUGGUUUUCAGCCCCUCGAUUGUCGUGUUUCGCUUUCUAAAUUUUCGUUUUUUCCUCCUGCCUAUAAAUACUGCCCCUUUAAAUACUACCUCUUGAUUUGGAUAUUCUGUGGAAAAGGUGCCAAUAAUAAGAUCAAUAAGAUCCACAAACGAGCACUACAUGUUUUGUUUGAUGACUACGAUGCACCGUUUAAUGAUCUACUUGCUAGAAGCAAUGAAAAAGCUGUCCAUGUUCAGAAUUUACAAAGACUGAUGAUAGAGAUUUACAAAACAUUAAAUCAUGAGAACUCUACAUUUUUGUCUGAACUAUUCCAGAGAAGAGAGAUCAAAUAAAAUCUCAAAAUAAAGGACACCGUUUUGCUUCCAAGCACACCCACCACGACCUUUGGAAUGAAGUCCUUAUGUUUUAGGGGUAGCAUACUCUGGAACAGCAUACCAGAUGUAAUAAAGAGCAGUGAAACAAUAGCUUCCUUUUGCAAAAAUUUAGAGCAUUGUGAAGGAUGCAGUUGCAAAUUAUGCUGUCUAUUAUAAAUAUUAUAUUUUGGUGUAUUUUGGUUAAAUAGUUGGUUUUUAUUAGCUCACUUUUCUGAAGAGUACGAGCUAUUAUUAUUUCACACAUACUGUAAAAAAGAAGUUUAUUAUUAUUAUUAUUUUUAUUUUUAUUAUCCAGGGCUACUUGGUAUUUACUCCGAUCCUUUCUUCUUGGUUCUCAUCUUCCUCCCCAUAACAAUCGAUACCAGUUGCAAGCUCCUCUUAAGGUGUACUCUUUUUCUUCAAGUUAGUUCAAAGAAGCUGUCUACGUAUGCAUCUAAGUUUGCGGUUUGUUAUGAGCUUUUUCCUGAUGAAAUGAAGUCAUAUAUUCGAUUUUCAAAGGAAAUUUUUCCAACUCAGCUUUAGAGAUAUUACAAAAAACACGAUUACGAACAUGGUAAAUCAUGAGCGUGUUGCUAACGCUUGUUAAAUGUUGGUUACUGCUUUCAAAUGGAUACUAGAUAACAAUGCUGUGUUUGCUUGCUUAUAAUAUGUAGCAAAGUAGUGUGAUGUCUGAUAGCUUAUAAUUCUUAUUUGAAGCAUGAUAAUAUUCUGUUAUUGUUGUUAACGUGCCAUUUUGAUUUUAUUGUUAACGUGCCUUUUCAUUGUUGAGCUAUAAUGAAGAUUUUUUGUAAAAUCUGGCUGCCAGGUUUCUCGCGAUGCCCCGUUGCAACAAAGAAUGCACCUUCCAUAAUGUUCUUUCAAAGAUCCCAUAAAGAAAAAAUUUGAUUGUUGGUUAAGUAGUGAUUAUAAAGAAAAUCAUGAAUGAUUUACUGCUGCCCGAUGAGGUUUUAAGCUAAAAUAAAAAGAAAUUCUAGAAAUAUUGCUUGUUGUUCACCACAAGUUACCACAAGGUUUCUACUGGAUCUCGUGUCCAACGCUCUGAUGUUUCGUCUUAGUCAAGCAAGUGCCGAUUUCCAAACGGCUACUCUCUUUGAUUAGAGCUUCUUUAACGAUUUCAGUUAAUCGUUUUGUUUUCUACUGGCCUUCUUGUAACUAGAAGUUGAUGUGCCAAGGUUUUGUAAUUGCUGCGUCUCGAUUGAAACAGAACAAAAUUUGAUGAAUUCUUCUAUCUGCGGAAAACCACAUGCUCUUCAGAAUAUUUUGCACCUGCACAUGUGAGUCGGAAUCGCUCCUUUCAGUGUUGAUUUCUUCGCCGGUUACUGAUGGUGUAACACAUCGAUUUGAUACGUUCAAUGCCGAAUUUUCUUUGCUGCAUCGACCAGGGAAGAACUGUUAGAUUUUGCUCAAAACUGCAUCUUUUUUAGAAAGAUAUUCUGCCACCCAAGGCUGGACGCAAGUACUUAUGAGCAAGUGUUCUUCGAUCUGUAAACAAACACGCUAGCAUUUUGUGUUAAAACAGUUGCAUUUUGAGCCUCAUCGCGAUCACGUUGCUCAUGGUUGCGGUAAUUAUAUUUUGCGAAUCUUUCUUCACGUUUAUCAUCAAGAAGCAAGGUUACAAAAAACCCUGUGUUCUUCGAACUUACAUCCGUCAUCAACGUUGUCUUAAACAGUGGAUGGAAAGGUAAAUUAUUAGUCUACUAUUAACUAACAAAUCUUAUUGCUUUCUCCCUUUUAUUGUUUAUCUUUCACUAAGGUCCUAGUUGUAGACAAAGACCAUGAUGGAGACUUGAGUUGGGAAACUUUCAUGUUUUGCAGUUUCUCUUAGGUUCAUCACCUUGCUGGUCUUAUUGUUGUUGGCUUAGAAACCUUUUGCUUACCUCGAUUUGAAUUGCCUGUGAUUCACCGAAGACGAGGAAUUACGUGGUUGAGUCCAAAAUUAUUUGGAUGGUACCCUGUUUCUCCGGAGUAGCCCCUGUGUUUGACAUGAGCAAUUCAACCAGUCUGAAACUGUUUAACUACUCUGUCGGUUAAGUUACGAGGAGACUAGUCGUGUGAAAGUUACGAGUUACGAGUUACGAGGAGUGCUUUGUUACUUUAUCUAUCUGCGUAUCUUGUAUCACAAUCUGCAUUGCUUCUCUCGAAUAAAGCAAAUUUUAGUUGUCUUCGGGGAAGUUCUGCCAGUCGAAUUGACUGUAUUUUCACUUGCAGAAUGCAGAACUGUGGUAAGAAAAAUAAUUACUUUUAUUGACACAUGACAAAGCUAGCCUACUUCAUCGGUGCGUCGUUCUGGACUGAAGGAUCUCGUGUUAUUCACAGCACUACACAGAGGCCUAUAGCAACACCGCUCUCACAAGCAUCCGUAAUUGCUUUAUAAUAUGCCGCAGAAAAAAUCAUUGUCAAUAGCUGAUACUCACCGCUUGACGAACCGGGUCGAUGGCAAACGCAACAUUGACAAGAAGGCAGCCAUGCAUCGACAGCCACAAAAUGCAUCUGGCAGUGGAGUCUCACCAACAUCCCAGAAUGGAAACAACCACAGCGAGGGCAGUUCAAGCACAAAUGGGAGCCCUGACAAGAAGCCGAUAAAAUGGCCUUUGACGCCAGGGGCUUGUCUCAAAAUGUAUGUCGACAAACUCACGACGUUUGAGCAAGCAGAGAUCUUGGAUUUCCCAGAAGUCUGGUUUCUUGGUCUGAACGGAAAGAAAAUUGAAGGAGUUCCAGGUGCUCCCACAAAUAAUGGAUACGAUGAUGAAAAUGGCAGCUACAUACGCGUUUAUAACGACCAUAUAGCGUAUAGAUAUGAAGUGGUUGAUUUGCUGGGAAAGGGAUCUUUUGGCCAAGUUGUGAAGGCUUAUGAUCACAAGAACAAAGAAUAUGUGGCUUUGAAGAUUAUACGAAAUAAAAAGAGGUUUCACCACCAAGCUCUAGUAGAGGUCAAAAUACUUGAUACUAUUCGAAAAAAGGAUAAAGAUAACUCUUCCAAUGCGAUUCAUAUGAAAGAGUAUUUCUACUUUCGCAACCAUUUGUGUAUAUCUUUUGAACUUCUUGGAAUGAACCUUUACGAGUUGAUAAAGAAGAAUAAUUUCCAAGGGUUUAGUCUGACUCUCAUCAAAAAAUUCGUUACCUCAAUACUGCAGUGUUUACGUGUCAUAACAAAGUGUAGAAUUAUUCACUGUGAUCUCAAACCGGAAAACAUUUUGUUACAAAAAAGAGGAUCAACGGCUAUUAAAGUUAUAGAUUUUGGAUCUAGUUGUUUUGAGCAUCAACGAGUUUACACAUAUAUACAAAGUCGAUUUUAUCGUUCGCCAGAGAUAAUUUUAGGAGUCUCAUACACGGCUGCAAUCGAUAUGUGGAGCCUCGGUUGCAUCCUUUCCGAACUGCAUACAGGAUAUCCGUUAUUCCCAGGCGAAAACGAGGUCGAGCAACUGGCUUGUAUUAUGGAGAUAUUUGGUCUUCCGCCUUCGAGUCUGAUAGAGAACGCACAGCGAAGAAGGCUGUUUUUCGAUUCCAAAGGCCAACCAAGAAGUAUAACAAAUUCAAAAGGAAAGAAACGACUGCCUGGCAGCAAAGAGCUCAGCUCUGCUGUGAAAUCAAACGAUUCCCAGUUUCUUGACUUUAUCAGAAGAUGUCUGGAAUGGGAUCCUACUUCGCGCAUGACACCGGAUGAAGCUCUACAGCAUCCUUGGAUCACAGAGAGUCAUCAGAAAAGUCGCUCAGUAGCGAAAGGCAGCCACCGCAAAUCGGUUUCAAGGGCAAGCGACGGAGGUGCCUCGUUCUCACGAAGCACGCGUCUACAUCACAUAGACCACGUAAAGUCAACGACUGUUUCGUUAAAGAGCUCGUCAAGAGUGACUGACAGACUGCACCCAUUACUAGCCAAUGAGACGCGCAUCACACAGGACAAUUACAGUUGUAGUCCAGGCGUUGUUGAAAGUGACGUAACAAGGAAACUUGCAACACGUACGGCAGCGCUAACCAUUCAAGGAGAUCUCCAUGAUAACACGAAUAAAGUCGAUCAAAAGAAACAGAAUAGCGAAAGUAACGAACAGUUCUUGCCACCGAUAAAGUGAUUAAAGAUAAAGGUGUAAUUUAAGUGGUGAUUUUAAAUAGUUUAGAUGACGUGAAUUUCAUAUUUUAAAAAUGAAAGAGUCCUUGUGAGUUAACAGCCUCAAUUUGAGAAUUUUAUUGCCUCGAUUGUGGGGAGACAGUUGUAGGGAUUCAUCUGCAAACCCUUUUCAAUUUGCCCAAAAUUAAAAACUGUCUUGUUAUUUAUGAAGUGUACUAAAAGGGGAUUUGGAUUUUAACUGGACGCAAGGUAAUAAAUGUGGUUUACUCAGCAUAAAAAAUGCAAGAAACAGGAAUAAAGUUUAAAAACCGGGAAAAACUUACAUGCACCUUUUCCAGCUCCAACACCAUACAUAUCACGAAUGUCCCAGGUACUUUUUGAACUAUCUAUUAGUUGACUUAAAAUUAGCUGGAGAGAGUGAAUGCCUUUUUUCUUGAAAAGGAUCAAAUAGUUCUUAUUCACUUUAGGUCACCUUGUUGAGCAUUUUAAGCUGAGUCUCUAAUAAUUAUUUAAAACCUUAUUUACUUAUCAUAGAUUGUCUCAUUUUUAGUCCUUAACUGUUUGGAUCCUCCAAUGUCAAAUUCAUAAAAUUUAUGACAUUCACAAUAACCUUAACGAAGCUUGCUGGAUUGUUCACAAGCAGAAUCCACUUAAAAAGCCUACAGGAAAGAUUUUCUAUAGUUUGUAAGACCAAACCUAAAAUUUUACGCGGUCAAAUUAACUUAUAACUGAAAAACAAAGUGUAAUUUAAGGAGCAAUAUAAUUGAGAACGCUCGAUGCAAUCAUUCUGGACCUGCUCAAUCUCCCUUCCUCUUUGCUUACGCCAAUAGUAAUGCCGAAGCAUAUAUGCAGUUUCUAGUCAAUUACCAAUAUAUCUGCUUGUAAUUCAUUCUCAUUUUCAUUUUAGAUAAUAGAAUCCUCACAUUAUGCAGUAUUUAUAAAUUAAACUUGGUGUCGUAGUGUUUUUAGUCCCAUCAGGGUCAUGUAAAUUAUAUAUUGACGUGUAUGUAUGUUGAUUGCGGUUAAAGGUGGAGAGAAAAUAGAUUUCCUGUAAGGUAGUAGUUAAGCGUGUUGAAAACACGCAACUUCGUGUUGGUAAAUACGCAAGUGUUGAAGAACACGCAAGUGAGUGAGGUCAGUUGACAAAGCAAGGUGAGGGAAGGUUAGCAAUUUGAAACUGCGUUCUUCCUUCAUCUUUCUUCAAGUGACCUCACAUGUUUUAGGUGUUGGUCAACAAGGAUCAUAAAUUAAAAUCGCUUUUAUUUUUCUCAAAGUAUUGAAUCAGAGUCAUUUUUCUGCCAUAUGAAAUUACCAAGCUUCUUGUCUCUCUCUGGCAAAAAAACCCGUUAUACUUUCUAAGUAUUUCCACGUCAAAGCAGAGCCUUGUUUUAAAUUUGUAAUGCUUUGAAUUUUGGUAAAUUGCUAAAGAUUGUUAGAUUAUUAUUGUUAAGAUUAGCAAAGCAGAUAUAUCGAUUUUAGAGGCUACAAAAUGUUAAUACGUGUACAAUUAACACAAAAUUUUAGUCAGAUGUGUGUAAAUAUUUACGAAAUUCUUUUUAUUUGUAACGCUGUAAGUUAAUUGGA